UAGACACGGGAUUACAAAUUCAUUUUUGAUAACAGUAGCUAUAUAGGAUAACUACUAGCUGUGUGUUCUCCUCAAUGCUGUACUGAAAGCGUUUAAUUCAAAUCUACCUGUUUCACGUGCACUACAUUUCCCAGGGAGCCACGGGUUUCUCCGUGUAUCCAGGAAGUCGUGGUUGUCAAGCAAACUUUUGCCUGUAAGCAAAGUGCCCUCAGUCUGUAAAAUGUGUAGACUGUCUCUCUAGACUGCAGUUUCCUGCAACAGGUAGCCGUGAGAGAUGAGUUGCUGUCACGGGUCUGUGCCCCGGGAGGUCCGGCCUGGUACAGCACGGGUCCAGGUGACGGAGCUGAGUGGAUCAGGCCCCAUCAACCCAACUCCUGCCACAAAACACUGUGAGGACUCUGAGACAGCAGUGGAGCUUUACCUCUCCCCUGAGAAGCUGGAAUCGCUCUGUGGAACUCGGGACCUCUCUCAGGCGACCUCGCUGGAGCUCUGUGUAGACACACGAGAAAACACACUGGGUAACUUUGGUGCCCUCUUGCCCAAGCUGGUGCAGUUGAAAAUGAACAACAGCGUGAUCAUGUCAGUAAGAGACCUGGGAACCACCCUCUCCCACUUGCAGGUGCUGUGGAUGUCUCGCUGCUGCUUACAAGACCUAGAUGGCAUUUCUACUCUCUCCUCUCUUAAGGAGUUGUAUGUGGCUUAUAACAGCGUGUCAGACCUGAGUCAGGUUGGCUUGCUGGACAACCUGCUGCUGUUAGAUCUGGAAGGGAAUGAAGUAGAUGACUUAGUCCAGGUCCAGUAUCUGGGGUUGUGUGGCAAGCUCCACACACUCACACUGGAGGGAAAUCCUGUGUGUGUGCAGCCAAACCCCACUGCCACUCAGACGACAGACUAUAGAUAUCGAGCUGCAGUGAGGGAGUUGGUCCCACAGCUGCGUUACCUAGACGAUGUAAGCGUGGAGGAGGACGGGCUGAGCUGCAGCAGCACCAUGGGAGAAGUCUGGGCCGUUCUCCGAAACUCCAUCAGAAACUGCAGCUCCUCUCAGAGUGCUACUGAAGAUGAGGAGACAGCAGACAGUGCAUGCCCUCAUAGCAGACCCAGCUCAGCCGGGCGCCCUGCUUCCAGCCGCUCCUGUGUCAGGCCCCUCUCGUCAGCGGGCUCCAGACCCAUGUCAGCGACCAGACCUGGAGUUCUCUCCCCUCCUGGACCCAGACCUGGUUCUGCAGAGUCAGAUCUAGCAGCAAUGGAAGCAGAAACCAGCAUCCUGACACAUGGAGCUGGUACGAUCCUUUUCUGUGGAAACCCAGUCCAGGCUAUUCGAGCAAGGCGAGAGAAGUUGAGGACAGCACCCACCAGGUCUACGUUCACCCCUCGUGACCUGCCCAUUCAUAUACCAGAGCACACGUAUGACCUCGAGGAGCCCAAUGUUCAAGAACGUGGUGAUGUGUAUGCUGAACUGAGAGCUUGGCGGGAGCAGCACAGCAGGCGUCUCCAAGCCAUAAAAACAGAAAGAUUACCACAGGUCCUGGCUAUUCAGCACAGUGAUGCAGAAGAGGAGGAAGAUGAGGAUGAAGAAGAAGAAGAAGGUUUUGGUGGUAUGAGGAAUGACAGUAGUGAUGAAGAACGUGGAGAGGAGAAGCAUGGUGACAGACUAGAUACUGCCUCACAAGAUUCCUCGUUUCAGUCUCUUUCCCCAGACCUGCAUCACAGAGAACCUUUAUCCCCUGAUGUGACUCAGCUGUCCCUGUCCCCAGACACUACGCUGUCCCCUUCUCCCCCUGUCAGUGCCACAGCAGCUUCUGGUAAUCGGAGACCACAGGGGAUUCGUGCACGAAGGCUUCGACUCAGCCAGGCCAGUUCAGAAUAUUCCAGCACAGAGGGGUGCUCCCAUGGGACAGGUACAACGUCAGGAGACACAGACCGGACACUCCAGAAGGUCCAGCAUUCGGCUAGGACCAAUGUGCCUUUGUUACCCCAGACUACACACAUACCCCACCCACCACCAACAAGUGCACUGGGCGAAGGGCUUGUGGAUUCAUGUGCAGAGAUGGACUUAUCCAGUGUACAGUCUGGCAGCAAGCACCUUCACACACCUCAGAUGUCCAAACCGCUGGACAGACCAGUGAUUACUCGUCCUCACACAGCCAGGGCAGCUUUACAGAAACAUCACCAGCACCACAUACUCCAGCCCUGCAGAGGGAGCUCACACCCAGACUGACACCAGAAUGGACCGAUGUUUGGCUGCCUCGUCAGUAAUGACUAAUCAUAAGUGUGUGACUGUUCCAUUCCCUUAAAAACAGAGUGGUAGCAUGGAGGCUGUUCAAGAUGAAUUUGCUCUGAACCUCAGUUGCACCAUGCUUUGAGGUAUUUUGCCAUAAGAUUUUCUCUCUCUCUCUUUUUUAAAGAGGAUCCAAAAAUAUUGAGAGCAGUCCAAGUACUGUUGGGACCAACACACCGACAUCCUUUAACGUGAAUAAUUGUGUUAAUAACAUGAGUAUGAAUGUUGCUGGAUGACUUGCUAUAAUGCGAUAAUUCCUUUAAUGCUACUGAGUCAGUUUUUAGCUAGACUAAAAUGAAUGUGGCAUAUAAUUAAUACCUCACGUUUUUAUUUCUCAGGUUGAAAUUUUUCAUUGUUAGAACUCAAGUGAUAACUUGGAUUUUACCCAAUUUUUAAAAAAAUAUUAAAUUGAGAUUAUUGUGGUUUUCUUUCAUUAACA